GUGGUACAGUUGCAAUAUUUCACCCAUAUUUUACUGUUUUCGAAACAUAAAUGCACUUAAGCAGCGUUCCACGGGGAAAUAUAAGCAUUUGAAAAUAUUUCUUUUAAUAUGAAUUUUAUUUGGACAAGUUAGAGUAGCUUCUACAGAAAAUUAGCUAAAUCAUGCUAAGAUACAAUUAGAUCGUAAAAUGACACAAAUUUAUUAAACUAUUAUUUAAAGCGGAAUUUGUCUAAUUUUUUUUGUUUCCGUUCUUUUUUUAGAAAAGUGUCUGUCACUGCUGAUUUUCAUUCGAAAUAGAAGAUCAUAAUCUUUCAUUUGGGUUUCAUGUUGCAUAAUUGACAGUGGUCUUGCAUUAUGUGACGGAGUUUAAGAGACUUUUUGACUCUCUAGACAUUGACUGGAGACGCAAGAAACGGUCAGUGAAGCUAGGCUCAUUCAUUUGUGUGAAACACAUAAAAAGAAAGUAAUCAUCGAAACGGAAGUAGCAAAAGAAACUCUGUAUUUUAUCACAUAAAUAUUCAGUCAAUAUACACCUGUACGAUUGAGAUGAAUGAGGUUGAUGCAUUGUAAUGAUUGAGAAUUUUAUUCAGUUAUACGAGUUGUAAAAUCAUUAAAACUCGAAUUUUCUUUUGUUGUUCACGCUAUUUUAUUUACUUCUAGGUGAUCAUUCAUCCGAUAAAAAACAAUCAACACAAUAUGUUCGAAACGUUCAUCAGGAAACUCAAUCUCUUCUAUCCAGUCCGAUUCCUUUCGAAACGGCCGAUUAUCUGAGUGUAAAUGAGAUAACUGACGAUGAAGUUGAUGAAAAGCCGUUGAACAAAUAUUUCUAUUUUGAUACAACAAAAGAUGAUCAAACUACUACAACUAUUUCAUCGUCUGAUGCUCCAACUUCUACAAAUGAUUCAACUCGUACUCAUUAUUUAUAUACCAGAGAUCAAACAAUGGGAAAUGUUGGUCAAUUAAUCACAACGUCGCUUUGUGAAAACCGAUUUCCUGUAACAGAAAACGAAGAAAAUAACGACGAAAAAACCAAACAGCAUCAUCAAAACAAUCGCCAUCACUUUCAAUCCCAUCAAACUUUUAAUUUUCCCGCAUUAAAUCAACCACAAACAAUUAGAACUGUACCCAGUGAAUUAACAAUUGUUAGUGAAAUCAUUUCACCUUCACCGCCUCCAGUAUUAUCAAAAACAAGAAAAAUAAAAAAUCCAUCUAUCAUUGAUAGUGGUACUACGCGAAGUGGUCGUUAUCGAAAGAAAAUAACAGCGCCUGUGCGUCCGCCACUUGGCUAUUCAAAACCACCACCGGAUUUCAGUAGUGACGAUGAUUGUAACGAUGAUGAAAUUGAUUAUUCACCAGUCUUUGCUCCAGGAAAACGUCCUGUUGAUGUUGGCCCACAGAAUAUGAUGAAUGAAUCGACUGAAUUUGAACCAGGUGAAAAAUAUCUUCAUUAUGUUGUACAUCAUCAUCGACUGCCAUCAUUUGAUCCAAACCCAACAUUAUUCGAUUUAUCAUUAUUGGAUAAUAUCAAGAACGAUGACGAAGACGAUAAUUAUUCGGUGGUUGUCGAUCCAUUAAGUUUAAGUUCUUCAUCGUCUACUACUAAUUUCAACAAUGGAAGUUACAUUUAUAAUUAUUAUCCAUCUUUAUCUUCCACAACAUGUUCAAAUAUUAUUAGCACAUCAACAUCUACAUCGAUAAAUGCAACGAAUAAUAAAAUAACACGAUUAUAA